UUAGGAUCUCUCAACUUUGGAUGCCACCGAUCUGUUCGACCGACUUGCCCAACCACCAAGCUGCCGAUCACAGCAAACAAAAUGAGAGCCAUGGCAGCGAGCAUUAUCAGGGUUAUCUUCGUAUUCAUUUCUCUAGUCGUUUCUGCCGUAGCAUUCCUCCAUCCAACAGGAAUCUCCUAUCGCACCAUUGGCUACCAAGCACCCAUUAAGUACCAUGUCACGAAAGCCUUUGAUGAAAAGAUUGACAAUCAGCUCGCACAAUGUCAAAGAGGGAGGCUGUGCUGUUCGGGUUCAGUUGGUGGUGAAGUACUCACCGAAGAAGACGACUACUCACCCGAAAAUACUGGCGGGUGUGUGAAGGAUAUUGCGAAUCAUAUCCGACUCUUGGACCAAUCAUUCCAACAGUCCAGCGGUCAGGGUAUCUUUGACAGAAUCAACGACAUGCUUUGGGAGGAAGUAGCUUCGACAGCCAACAACAACAAUCUGCCUGCAAUUGAAAACAUUACAACUGCCGAACAGCUCGAUCAAAACAAACGAUUUGGUAUCUUAUCACACGGAAUUCAAGAAGACCCCAUCUACAAUUACGGAAACGCUGCUGCUUUGGAGCUUUUCGAUAACACCAUUGAAGAUUUGUGCCAAACCCCUUCUCGGUAUAGUACUGUGGAAUCCUUAAUGGACGACAGGGAACAAUUGAUUCAGAGCAUUAAUACGUUUGGGCAUGGAACCAUCCGAGAUGCCACUAGAAGGACAACCAAGGAGAAGCUUUUUGUCAUUGCAACCAUCUGGAUAUGGCAUGUCUUUGAUGACAAUGGAACACGGAUUGGUCUUGCCGCUUUGUAUGACCGCGCGCAGGUGACAGACUACACAGGGCCGCCACUUUGACUACAUACAUGCACUAGCCACUCUGGAGUAGAAAACCUCGACUACAUGUAUAAAUGAAGCGACCAGAAUGGAGCCGUGGUUUCUUCACGUGUCGCCCACCGUUAUAUAGUUUGCCGUAGACGUUUGCAUGAGUAC